CCAGCAGCAUGGUCGUCGCUCCACCUCGCUGCGUCGGGCGCACCGAAGUGUCGAUCGACAUGGAGAUCGCCGAGUUCAGCAACGAGGUCUCGUACGUCUUCCAGUUCAAGCAGCCUCACGAGAAGUGGGACGACGCGGUCGCCGUCGUCGCGCCGCAGCCGCUCGCGACGCUUGACGACCUCAACCCGACGUGCACCUACCACAUCCGCGUGCAGGCGACGACCAAGGCCACGGGCGCGAUCGCCUACAGCGAAGCCGUUGCCGUCGAUACCGAAGUACCUGGUUGCACGCCGUCGCCGACCUGCACCCUCCUUUGAUCGUUGCCAUCAACCGAUACAUAUAUAUAUAUAUUGAGCGUAAAUCCUAUCGCGUUCUAACGACCUAUGAACGACCUUAUGCCACGACGAACCACGGCGCGACCUUGUCGACAUGGG